GAUUUCUUGAUUGAGAAAAUCGAUUAACUUCAGAACUCAAUAGGCAGAUUAUGCCCUAUCUCGACCCUGUAUUAAUCAACCUGUUGACAACAAGCCGUUCACGAUGUUAUAAAUUUUUUUUGGGUAUCAUUUUUUUAUUUAUUUUAUUUUUUUAAAAAUCACAAAUGCAAUAGCGUUCCUCUUUCAAUCAAAGACCAAAGUUGAAUGCAUGAGCUGAACACUGACCAAUUAGAAGAACUGUUUGGCUCUGAUAACUCAGAUUUUGAUGAUUCGUUCUCUGAUGAUCAGACGCGAAUGGAUGCAAGGCUAGGUUCGGACCGAAACAGGUCGCCCGCUCGUAUGCUGACGAGCGAAAAAUUUGGCCGUAUACCUGGACUUCGGCUUUUGAGGCAAGGCCUAUCCCACAGUGUGCAAACGAAGCUACUUGAUACUAUCAUUUCAGCAAAGUACUUCAAUGGCGCAACUAAUAAUCAAGCCAUGCAUUUUGGCGAUCUCCCACAGCAGUUUCAAGAUAUCGGACAAUGGGCAAAGCGAGAUACAGACUUACUUGAAAGUAUAGAUAGAGAACCUUUAUUUGAUCAGGCCAUUCUUAACUUGUAUCGUCCAGGUGAAGGCAUACGCAGCCAUGUGGACCUACAAAAGUUUGAUGAUGGCAUACUUAUCGUAUCCCUCUUAUCUUCCUGUGUCAUGAUCAUGACACCAGCUAGCGAAGCACAAAAACAUGCUACAAGCUAUAGUGAAGAAGGCAAUUUGGAUGACGGUAUCCCCAUCCUUUUACGACCAGGCGAUGUACUGGCAAUGAUUGGACCAGCUAGAUGGGAUUGGGCACACUGUAUACCGGCAAGACUGGUAGAUGAUGUUAAUGGGGACAUAAUACAGCGUGGCUCUAGAGUGAGCAUCACCUUGAGAAAACUUAACUGUACCACGGCUGAUGCCAUCGAACUUGGUCACAGACAAUAAAGUGUAAUUUAUUUUAUGGCAAAAUCUUUUCUCCACAGCACUCGUCGGGUGACGACCGCACAAAAACCGAACUAGCCCAAAGUCUUAUGACAAUAACUCGUUUUUAAUCUUGAAAUUCUGAUCGUUAACUGUUUGAAAAAGUGAUCACUGUUGCCAAAGUCCGCAUCCCUAUCUACCUCGCAUCUCUUU